GGUCGUUUUUGUUAAUGGUCUUCAUGGAUUCUCCCAACGUCAAUAAUAAGCAGAUCUGGCCAUUAGUGGGUGUUAAUUCAGACGACGAAGCAUUUUGGGAUGAUAAAGAUUUAAUUGCUGAAUAUGAUAGAAUUGAAUCUCUUGUUCAGGAUAAAUUAACAAGAGAACUGGAUAAAAAUGCAAAACGCAAGUCCUCUGGCAUCAGUGGCAGUUUCCAUAAAAAUUUAAAUAAACAUUCAUCCAGUACGUGUAGUACCUCGAAGGUGCACCAUACCAAAGUUGUUCAUGGAGAAAAUACCGGCUUAGUGAAUAUUCAGCCACCCAUUGUCAACAGCAAUCCAGUUUGUGAUUUCCAGUGGAUUCCGCCGUGUUUAAAUCCUCCACCUCAAUUAUUUUCUCAUUUGGCUUCAUCAAGGAACAGUCAUCUUCCUAGUGACGUGCGACCUUCCGUUUCUCCUCAAUCAGUUUUUAAUAGAACGGAAAGUGGCCUAUCAACUAUUGAACCUAUACUACGCUCUUGGUAUGAAGCAGGUUACAAACUUGGUCGUUCACAUGCUAUGAAGUUGAAGUCAGCGUCAUCUGUACCUGCUGCAAAUUCCAAUUAAGAUUGUUUUAAACUGGACAUGUACUGCUUCACGUAUUUUCGCACAAUACUUCAGAUUAUUAAUAAAAUCAUUAUUUUUAUUUGUAUCAAGUGAUAAUUGUUAGUCGGAGUUGAGUAAAUUCCGUUACAAGGUCUCUGGAUCAUAAACUUCUUGAUUUAUCUUUUUGUUCAGUAUAAUGCUUGAAGUGAUAAAAAUUGGUUUUGGCUAGUUGGUGGUCACCUACUUUUCUCUUCUUGUUUGAACUUUUA